CUCAUCUUAUAUAUUUGCUAGAGAAUUUUGUUCUUUGCGCUGCUUGUGUCCUACGUACUUGGACCGCAACCACUGAGCAAGCGCUUCCCUUUUAGUUGUCUACUGCAUACCCAGCCUGCCCUUGCUGCCCAUCCGCCACACGACAUAAUGACACACCAUCUCUCCGACAUUCUCGGAAUCUACCCAGAAAGCCAAUCCUGUGUUGGCUGGGCGCCCUCACAGGGCCGUCACUGCCGCAACCCCACAAACGCCAGAAACCGCCGACAUGCAGUUUCCCUUCUCGACCAAGGGACCCGCUUGCUCAAAGCCGGCCGGUCUAUUGAUCAUAUACUUGAGGAAUUGGCUCCUCUCGUCCUCUGCCUACGUUAUCACCAGAACCAAGCUGCUGGCCUAACUAGUACUUGGGUCUCUCGAGUCGAUAAAUACAUCGCUAGUCAUCAAUCUCCCAGGAGCUCGCCGAGUAGAUCGAUGCCUCGGCGGUCACCGUCACCAAGGAUGCGUGAUGAAACAAGAGCCAUAGAAAAUAGACUUGCGGAACUCGAAAGGAAGAUGCAGGAUGCAAUACUUAAGGCAGAGCGAGCGGAGCGGGAGAAAGAGCGGGCGAGGAGAGACGCAGAGCGCACUAGACGAGACACUGAAGACAUGGUCAGAAGAAGUGCGGCUAUGGGAUAUGCCCGAGGACAGGAAGAAGCGAGAAGGAGAGCCUCUCCUCCUCCUACUUUUGAAACUGAGACUACUACGGUGGAACACAAUGAGGCAUACGGGUUCCAGAGGGACUCGGUGUCGAGUGGCUUGCUGUCUUCACGCAGGCAGGAUGCUCGUGGAGGGAGUAUCGAAACGACCUUGCAGGUCAACACUUCUACUGGCAUGAACGUGCAACUACGCAGAAGCACGAUCGUUAGCACAACCAGGGUCCAGAGGACAAGCGAUGGCCCAGCUACUCCUGCUCAAGCUGAACGACGUGCUGCUACCCCGAGCUCUGUGUCCAGGGUAGUUGAGAUCGGUGAUACUAGCGAUGUGCUAGCUAUUCCAUCCCCUGCCCAGCAAAGCAACGGCAAUGCAAGCUCCAGUCCCAGCACUACGAGCACUAGGAGAGCAAUUAGCCUUCCCAGCGCUGAAACUGAGUCUGCCAAUACCACAACUACACCAAACAGUGAAGACCGUCCUUCAUCCACAGCCACUCAAGACCCUGAAUCCACCAAUCCCACGGGAAUUUCAGAAACUUCCAUUCCAAACCCUCCACUCCCAAGUCCUCCUACCUCAAACAACGAAGAGUUUCGCUCUACUCCCACAGGCACGCAGGAAUCAUCCACCACUACGCAAAACACUAUCACCCCAGAACCCACCACCCAGCCUGCCCCUACCUCUACCUCCACCUCUACACACCCCUCAACCCCCGCUCCCUCCACUCCACCUACAAUUUCAGAACAUGGCAUCACCCGCCACCCCAUCGAAGGCGACUGCUGCAUCUGCCUCUGCCCUCUACAGAGAUACCCUACCCAAUACAGCCAUAACCCUGAGGACGACACCUCUAUCGUCUGGUGCCAGAAGCAAUGCGGAAAUAACUUCCACCGCGAGUGUAUGGACCGGUGGAUAGCUUCAGCGCUUGACUGUGAUCGGCAGACGAGUUGUCCGAUGUGUCGGGGGAAGUGGCAGUGAUCUUUCUUUUCUCUUGAGUCGUGAUUUUAUUGUUUGGUUGUUUGUGAGUUGUUGGGGUUGGAGUUUGGGAUAUAUUUCUGUUGGUUAUUGCAUGAGUCAUGAUUUAUGAUGUUAUGAGUUGAUUUGAUGUGAUGUGAUGUGAUGUGAUAUCCUUGGUUAUCUUUCGCUUGGGUGCUGGUGUUGGUGUUGGUGGGUAAUACAAUAUCUUAAUGUCUACUAGCUCGUUGAUACUAUUUAUU